UUUUUAUUGAAAAUGUCAAUAGAUUUUUCAUUCAUUUAACAGAAGCUAUUUAUUUUUAUAGAUUUUGUAAUGGCUAGUGUACUUGUGGUUGGUGGUGGAGGUCGAGAACAUGCAAUUGCCUGGAAACUAACACUUUCUUCAAAAGUGAAUAAAAUUUAUAUUACACCAAACAACAUUGGAGCUGCAUUAUUGCCUCAAAUUGAAUUUGUAGAUUUGGAUGUCAACAAUUUUGAAGUAUGAAGAUAAAAAAUAUCAUUAUUAUAUUUUUAUUAC